GGGAGCUGGGAGAGUCGGUCCUAGUGUGGGAGGGCCGGGGAAGAGGUUGUUUGUCGGUGAAGCCCCAGUAAAGGGGACCUGGAGUAGCGAGUCAUAGGGUGGAACGGAUCUGACAGGGGGAAGGCUCUUAGGGAGAAGAUCUUGUUCUGGAGGACACUUUCAGGGAGCAACGUCUUGUGUGUUAUUUAGGGAUUUGGCUGUUGGGCCCUUCUAGGAACAGGCUCAAUUGCAGAAUGACCCGGUUUAGAAAUAUCUGAUAAAGGGGAUAGAGAGGAUCCCAGUGUAAGGGAGGAAAAGACAGUGUCUCUUGAACUGUCAAGAACGGACAUCUCCCUCUUGUUUUUCUAGGAGUAGGGGUCUUGGGAUAUGGGAAAGUCCUAGUGGGGAGGGGUCCCUGGUGCGGGAGACUCCUCUAGGGAGCUGUCCCAAAGGAAAGUGUGCCCUGGUGGUUGAAACACCCAUAGCACUCACACAUAAAGGAGUUCUUAGAUAACCUUGAUCUUUGCUGGGCACUCCACAAGGACUGCUGUGGUGUGAGAGAUCCUGGAGUUCUCUAGACUCGAUUUGAAAUGGGGCCCUCACUGUGGCCCAGAAGACCCUGAUGUUGAGGGAAGACCAUGUGAAGGUCUCAGCGGCGGUGGCAGCCGAGGUGCAGGAUGCGAGAAGGCGCCCCCCGGCCGGGCUCCCGCUCCAGGCCUCACACCCCUGUGGCCCUCUGAGCCCACCAUGGCCGUCCCACCAGGCCAUGGUCCCUUCUCUGGCUUUCCGGGGCCCCAGGAACACACACAGGUGUUGCCUGAGGUGCGACUGCUGCCUCGGAGACUACCCCUGGCCUUCCGGGACGCAGCCUCAGCCCCGCUGCGCAAGCUCUCAGUGGACCUCAUCAAGACCUACAAGCACAUCAAUGAGGUAUACUAUGCGAAGAAGAAGCGGCGGGCCCAACAGGCGCCACCCCAGGACUCGAGCACCAAAAAGGAGAAGAAGGUCCUGAACCAUGGUUACGACGACGACAACCACGACUACAUUGUGCGCAGUGGCGAGCGCUGGCUAGAGCGCUAUGAGAUUGAUUCUCUUAUUGGCAAAGGCUCCUUUGGCCAGGUGGUGAAAGCCUAUGACCACCAGACCCAGGAGCUGGUGGCCAUCAAGAUCAUCAAGAACAAAAAGGCCUUCCUGAACCAGGCACAGAUUGAGCUGCGGCUGCUGGAGCUGAUGAACCAGCACGACACAGAGAUGAAGUACUACAUCGUGCACCUGAAGCGGCACUUCAUGUUCCGGAAUCACCUGUGCCUGGUGUUUGAGCUGCUGUCCUACAACCUGUACGACCUCCUGCGCAACACGCACUUCCGCGGUGUCUCGCUGAACCUGACGCGGAAGCUGGCGCAGCAGCUCUGCACAGCGCUGCUCUUUCUGGCCACGCCUGAGCUCAGCAUUAUCCACUGCGACCUCAAGCCUGAGAACAUCCUGCUCUGCAACCCUAAGCGCAGUGCCAUCAAGAUCGUGGACUUUGGCAGCUCCUGCCAGCUUGGCCAGCGGAUCUACCAGUAUAUCCAGAGCCGCUUCUACCGCUCACCCGAGGUGCUCCUGGGCACACCCUAUGACCUGGCCAUCGACAUGUGGUCCCUGGGCUGCAUUCUUGUGGAGAUGCACACCGGAGAGCCCCUCUUCAGCGGCUCCAAUGAGGUGGACCAGAUGAGCAGAAUUGUCGAGGUGCUGGGCAUCCCACCUGCGCCCAUGCUGGAACAGGCACCCAAGGCUCGCAAGUACUUUGAGCGGCUGCCUGGGGGUGGCUGGACCCUACGAAGGACAAAGGAACUCAGGAAGGAUUACCAGGGCCCCGGGACACGGCGGCUGCAGGAGGUGCUGGGCGUGCAGACGGGCGGGCCCGGGGGCCGGCGGGCGGGGGAGCCGGGCCACAGCCCCGCCGACUACCUCCGCUUCCAGGACCUGGUGCUGCGCAUGCUGGAAUAUGAGCCCGCCGCCCGCAUCAGCCCUCUGGGCGCUCUGCAGCACGGCUUCUUCCGCCGCACGGCCGACGAGGCCACCAACACGGGCCCGGCGGGCAGCAGUGCCUCCACCUCGCCGGCGGCCCUCGAUACCUGCCCCUCCUCUAGCACCGCCAGCUCCAUCUCCAGCUCUGGAGGCUCCAGUGGCUCCUCCAGUGACAACAGGGCCUACCGCUACCGAUAUUGUGGGGGGCCUGGGCCCCCCAUCACCGACUGUGAGAUGAACAGCCCCCAGGUUAUACCCUCCCAGCCUCUGCGCCCCUGGGCAGGGGGUGAUGUGCUCCACAAGACACAUCCAGCCCCUACCUCUGCCUCGACAUUGCCAGGGACUGGGGCCCAGUUACCCCCCCAACCCCGAUGCCUUGGACGUCCUCCAUCACCAACAUCACCACCACCCCCGGAGCUGAUGGAUGUGAGCCUGGCAGGCAGCCCUCCAGAAUGCUCUCCACCUCAUCCAGCACCUGCCCCCCAGCACCCGGCUGCCUCAGCCCUCCGGACUCGGAUGACGGGAGGUCGACCACCUCUCCCACCCCCUGAUGACCCUGCCACUCUGGGGCCUCGCCUGGGCCUCCAUGGCGUACCCCAGAGCACAGCAGCCAGCUCAUGACCCUGCCCCCUCCCUGGGGCCCCUCCUGAAGCCAUACCCCCCCCCCCCAUCUGGGGGCCCUGGGCUCCCAUCCUCAUCUCUCCCCUUGACUGGACUUGCUGCUACCCAGCUGGGGUGGGUGAGGCCUGCACUGAUUGGGGCCCAGGGCAGGGGGUCAAGGGAGAGGGGUUUUGGCCGCACCCUCCCCACUAAGACUGGACCCUUGGCCCCCUCUCCCCCCUUGUUUUCUAUUUAUUGUACCAAAGACAGUGGUGGUCCGGUAGAGGGGAGAUUGCCCCUCACCCUAGGGCCCUAGGAGGGGGUGGGGGCAGGUAGGGGGAGAUGGCCUUGCUCCUCCUUGCUGUACCCCCCAGUAAAGAGCUUUCUCACAUGCCUGCCUGAGCGUUUGCAGGGCCUUGGCUCCCUCUCCUGACCCUCAGAGGCAUGGUGGGGAAGGUUGUGUGGGAAAGGGUGCUUUGUGGUGUGGGUAUAUCCCUCCUGGGGACAUCAUACUUGGUGCAGGCAUGGGGCAGUGGGAAGUUGGGCUGUAGAACCAUAGACACAUCCUGGAUACAACGAUCCUGGCCCACAUUUUUCCAGGGUAAAAGGCCCCUUUCUGGCCUAUUGCUGGAAAUAGUAACAUCCUGCACUCAUCUGUCAGGGCUCUCAUAGAGUCCACCAAGGAGUGGCUUUUUGUGUCAGGCUCUGGGUGUCCUCCACGGGCCUUCCUUGGUACUAUCCAGACAGCCCAUGGGGACAGAUUUUUCCCCACCUGUGUCCAGCCCCAUUCUGGAGUCAUUGCAGAAUAUUGAGAUUCUCGGGCAAAAAGACGCUCCCUGACUUUCAGGUAAGUGAUUUUUGUUUCAUGGCAAUUUGGAACCAGCUGUCUCCCAAUCAGUCUUGGAAGAACCACCUGGUUCAAACUGUUAAGCACUCACAACGGGCGGGCGCGGUGACUCCUGGGAGAUGGAGUUCUGCUAGGCUAGCUCUAUGCUCACUUUUCUUGGGGAACUACAAAGCCCAGAAGUCUCUGCGCACGUGGCUGGGGCCUGGUGUUCGCUGAGCUUUCGGCAUUAGGGCCCGGAUGUUGGCGGGUCAGGAGGACGGGUAGUGAUUGGAUAGUGUGCAGGGGCGGGGGGGUCGUGGUGCUGGGAGUAGUCAAUCCACUUUACAGUGCCUGGGCGGGGCAAUGGAGGGCACUUGCAGAGGCCGCGGUGAGCAAGGUCUUGGUCACUUGUGGGUCACUAGUGAUAGUGAUCUUUUUGAGAAUGCCGGUUAAGAUUUAUUGGGGAUCUUUGGUUAUGUGGAGAGCUGGACUUUUUCGAAGGGGCUGAAGCACAAUGAGAGGAAGGUGUACAGCCCAGUUUUUCUGAAACAUAGAAGUAGGCUGCAGUAAAAGACUCGGGUCUGGCGGCUUGUGGCAGGCCCCUAGGCAGGAGCUGUCUGCGGUGUAACCGGGCAGGGGAGGUGCUGAGGAGGCCAGGAAAGGACAGGUGAACUUUCUAGACGAUUGCAUUGACAGGCUGAGUAGAAGGAUGAGGAAGAGAGGGCCUGGGAAGGGAGGUCUCCUGCCCCAUUGAUAGUAUCGGUUUGGUUUGUUUUUUUUGUGUGUGUGUUUGUGGUGCCGGGGAUGGUACCCAAGGAACCCCAGAUGCUAGGCAAGUGUUCUACACACCCAGCCUCCCAGUAAAAGACUUUGACUGAACAGUCCUAGAAGACCAGAACUGCGGUGACCUCUCCGAGUUUAGGCAUAGUGAGGGCAGGUGGAAGUUACUUCUUGCCUAGGGUCACACGAAUAGGAGAUAGGCUCAGGUUGGCGUGUGUGUGUGUGUGUGUGUGUGUGUGUGUGUGUGUGUGUGUUUUUUACCAGUCCAAAUUGAUUUAGCAAUGUGUAUUUGAGCCUGGAGGCCUCAGCAGGACCAAAUCAUGUAGGCCCUGUGAGGAAUGUAGAAUGGGUGUGGGGCGCCAUCUCUGUUUGUGGUUGAGAACUGCCCCAGGCUGACCUGAUACCUCCUUGGGUAUCUCCAGGGUACUCAGAGUUCACACCGGUGAACAUCUAUGACAUCUUCAUUGGUCUUCCUGCCUUCAUCGUUCCCCAUGUAACCAAAGAAACUCUGACCACCUACUUGUCCCUCCCUGCUGGGAAGCCUCCUAGAUGCCAUCUCACUCAGGGUGAACGCCCAAUCCUUCCAUGACCUGCGGGGCCAUCAUCACUCGUCUCUGCUCCAACCACACUAGCUAGCCUCAGGACCUGGGUGCGCGGUGUUCUCAUUGCCUGCAUCGUUUGUCUCUGGACAGCACGGCCUGACCACUCUGCUGAGUCGUCCUUCUGACGGCCCUGUCCGUUUUCCUUCAUUUUCCUUCUUUAACGUUUUCCUUGGGUCAGGCAUAUUGCUGGCACAUGCUGAAAUCUGUCGCCAACCGCCUCCCCCUCCAGGAGCCCUUGAAGUCCUUGGAAGCAAGCAUUUGGGUCACUUUAUGCUUUUUCUCCCACACAGAAGAAAAUGUGGCACCAGCAGGGCGUAGA